CCAGCCCUGUGAGCCAGUGGGAGAAAGAUGUCUCCCCAACUGUAUGAGUUCCAUCUGCCCUUAUCCCCAGAGGAGUUGUUGAAAAGCGGAGGAGUGAAUCAGUAUGUUGUACAAGAGGUGCUGCCCAUUAGACAUCUUCCGUCACAGCUUAAAGCAUUUCAGGCUGCUUUCCGAGUCCAAGGGCCCCUGGCUAUGCUAGAACACUUUGAUACUAUCUACAGCAUUUUACAUCACUUUCGAAGUAUAGAUCCUGGCCUCAAAGAAGACACUCUGGAAUUCCUGAUGAAAGUGGUAUCCCGCCAUUCCCAGGAACUUCCAGGUAUCUUGGAUGAUACAACUUUGAGUGUGUCGGAUAGAAGCGCCCACCUGAAUGCCCUUAAAAUGAACUGCUAUGCUCUGAUCCGCUUCUUGGAAUCCUUCGAGACCAUGACCAGCCAGAUAAGCCUCAUGGACCUAGAUCUUGGUGGGAAGGGUAAGAAAGCCCGGGCCAAGGCAGCCCAUGGCUUUGUUUGGGAAGAAGAAAGACAACCAAUUCUUCAGCUUUUAACACAGCUGCUCCAGUUGGAUAUUCGUCACCUGUGGAACCACUCAGUAAUUGAAGAAGAGUUUGUCAGUUUGGUUACUGGCUGUUGCUACCGUCUCCUGGAGAACCCUACCAUUAGUCACCAGAAGAACCGCCCUACUCGGGAAGCCAUAACACAUCUGCUUGGUGUGGCCUUGACACGUUAUAACCAUAUGCUCAGUGCUACUGUAAAGAUUAUCCAGAUGCUGCAGCACUUUGAACACCUGGCACCUGUUCUGGUGACAGCUGUGAGUCUCUGGGCAACUGACUAUGGAAUGAAGAGCAUAGUGGGAGAGAUUGUAAGAGAAAUUGGACAGAAGUGUCCCCAGGAGCUGAGUCGAGACCCUUCAGGAGCAAAGGGCUUUGCAGCUUUCCUGACGGAAUUAGCAGAACAUGUCCCAGCAAUCCUGAUGUCCAACAUGUGCGUUUUGCUAGAUCACCUGGAUGGAGAGAAUUACAUGAUGCGCAAUGCUUUGCUAGUGGCCAUGGCAGAGAUGGUGCUGCAGGUUCUAAAUAGUGAUCAAUUGGAGGAAACAGCUCGAGACACCAGAGACCAGUUCUUGGACACCUUGCAAGCCCAUGGCCAUGAUGUCAACUCUUUUGUGCGGAGCCGUGUUUUGCAGCUCUUCACCCGAAUCGUCCAGCAGAAGGCUCUCCCCCUGACCCGUUUCCAGGCAGUGGCGGCCUUAGCUGUGGGACGUCUGUCAGACAAGUCAGUGCUAGUGUGUAAAAAUGCCAUCCAGCUGCUGGCCAGUUUUCUAGCCAAUAAUCCUUUUUCCUGCAAGCUUAGUGAUGCUGACCUUGCUGGACCACUGCAGAAGGAGACCCAGAAAUUACAAGAGAUGAGGUCCCAGAGGCAAACUGCGGUUGCUUCUGCAGUGGUGGACCCAGAGGAGGAAUGGGAAGCCAUGCUGCCAGAGUUGACAUCUACCCUGCAGCAGUUUCUAAAGCUUCCUCGAGAAGAGGAGAUUCCCAAGGAAAUUGCUAAUACAGAGACUGCUGAAGAGGUGAAAGGACGAAUCUGUCAGCUGCUUGCCAAGGCUAGUUACAAGCAGGCCAUCAUUCUCACCCAGGAAGCUGUGAGCCACUUCCAGGAGUCCGAACCCUUCAGUCAUAUGGACCCAGAGGAGUCAGAGGAGAUCAGGUUCUUGAAUCUCUUAGGAAGUAUCUUCAAAGGCACAGCAGCUUCUACACAGGAGAAGAAUCCUCAGGGGUCUGCAGGGAACAUGGGCCCAGAACAGACUAUCUGUAAGGACAAGCUCAAUAGGUUAGAGCCUGAGAAAUCCAGGGAAAAAGAUGAACUGGUGAAGCAGGAGAUGCUGGUGCAGUAUCUGAAGGAUGCCUACAACUUCUCUCUGAAGAUUACAGAGGCCAUUGGCAUCAUCAGCAAGAUGAUGUAUGAAAACACAACUACAGUGGUGCAGGAGGUGAUUGAAUUCUUUGUGAUGGUGUCUCACUUUGGGGUACCUCAGGCCCUGGUGGGGGUACGCCGCAUGCUGCCUCUCAUCUGGUCUAAGGAGCCUGGUGUCCGGGAAGCUGUGCUCAAUGCCUACCGCCAACUCUACCUCAAUCCCAAAGGAGAUUCUGCCAGAGCCAAGGCCCAGACAUUGAUCCAGAAUCUCUCUUUGCUGCUAGUGGAUGUCUCAGUUGGGACUAUUCAGUGUCUUGAGGAAAUUCUCUGUGAGUUUGUGCGGAAAGAUGAAUUGAAACCAGCAGUGACCCAGCUGCUGUGGGAGCGGGCAACUGAGAAGGUCCCCUGCUCUCCUCUGGAGCGCUGCUCCUCUGUGAUGCUUCUGGGGAUGAUGGCACGAGGGAAACCAGAAAUUGUGGGAAGCAACUUAGACACACUGGUAAGCAUAGGGCUGGAUGACAAGUUUCCACAGGACUACCGGCUGGCCCAACAGGUGUGCCAUGCAAUUGCCAACAUCUCUGACAGGAGAAAGCCCUCUCUGGGAAAACGUCACCCUCCCUUCCGACUGUCUCAGGACCACAGGUUGUUUGAUCGACUGCAGGAGGUGGUCACAAAAGGCUUUGUCCAUCCAGACCCAUUCUGGAUCCCAUUCAAAGAGGUGGCAGUGACCCUUAUCUACCAGCUGGCAGAGGGUCCCGAGGUGAUCUGUGCCCAGAUAUUGCAGGGCUGUGCAAAACAGGCCCUGGAGAAGCUGGAGGAGAAAAGCCCCUCCCAGGAGGACCCGAAGGAAACCCCCAUGCUCCCCACUUACCUGCUGAUGAACCUGCUGUCGUUGGGUGGGGACGUGGCUCUGCAGCAGCUGGUCCACUUGGAGCAGGCUGUGAGUGGAGAGCUGUGUCGGCGCCGAGUUCUUCGGGAAGAACAGGAGCACAAGACUAAAGGUCCGAAGGAGAAGAAUACAAGCUCUGAGACCACCAUGGAGGAGGAAUUGGGGCUGGUUGGGGCUACUGCUGAUGACACAGAAGCAGAAAUAAUCCGUAGCAUCUGUGAGAUGGAACUGUUGGAUGGCAAACAGGUUCUAGCCGCCAUUGUUCCACUUCUGCUCAAAGUUUGCAACAACCCUGGUCUCUAUAGCAACCCCGACCUCUCUGCAGCUGCUUCACUUGCCCUUGGCAAGUUCUGCAUGAUCAGUGCCACUUUCUGUGAUUCCCAGCUUCGGCUUCUGUUCACCAUGCUGGAAAAGUCCUCACUUCCUGUUGUCCGGUCUAACCUCAUGAUUGUCACUGGAGAUCUGGCCAUCCGUUUCCCCAACCUGGUGGACCCCUGGACUCCUAAUCUGUAUGCUCGCCUCCGAGACCCAGCUCAGCAAGUGCGGAAAACAGCAGGGCUGGUGAUGACCCACCUUAUCCUGAAGGACAUGGUGAAGGUAAAGGGUCAGGUGAGCGAGAUGGCGGUGCUGCUCAUCGACCCUGAGCCUCAGAUCGCGGCCCUGGCCAAGAACUUCUUCAAUGAGCUUUCCCACAAGGGAAAUGCAAUCUAUAAUCUCCUUCCAGAUGUCAUCAGUCGCCUAUCAGACCCUGAGGGUGGGGUGGAGGAAGAGCCUUUCCACACCAUUAUGAAGCAGCUCCUCUCCUACAUCACUAAGGAUAAGCAGACUGAGAGCCUGGUGGAGAAGCUGUGUCAGCGCUUCCGCACAGCCCGAACCGAGAGGCAGUACCGGGACCUGGCCUACUGUGUGUCCCAGCUGCCCUUCACAGAGCGAGGCCUGCGAAAGAUGCUUGACAAUUUUGAUUGCUUUGCUGAUAAGCUGUCAGAUUCGGCCAUCUUUAAUGCUUUUUUGUUAGUUGUGGGCAAGCUUCGGCGUGGGGCCAAGCCCGAGGGCAAGGCUAUAAUAGAUGAAUUUGAGCAGAAGCUUCAGGCCUGUCACACUAGAGGGUUGGAUGCAGUAGAGGAGCUUGAGAUUGGCCAGGCUGGGACCCAGAGAGCACCAUCAGCCGCCAAGAAACAAUCUGCUGUCUCCAGGCACCAGCACCUGGCUUCUGCUGCCUUGGACAAUGACUUUGUGACACCUGAGCCCCGCCGUACUGCCCAUCAUCAUCCAAACACCCAGCAGCGAGUUUCUAAAAAGAAACCCAAAAUUGUCUUCUCAAGUGAUGAGUCCAGUGAGGAAGAGCUUUCAGCAGAGAUGACAGAAGAUGAGACACCCAAGAAAACGACCCCCAUUCGCCGAGCAUCUGCUCGCAGACACAGGUCCUAA